AUGGCCUUCUGCGCCCUUCUUAUGGCGGCCAUGAUAUCUACCUUUUUGAUGUACUUUUCUAUGCGAAGGAUUGCUGGUUCGAGGAACUGCAAGAGGGAGAAAGGGUAUAGAGAGAUUAUCGAUCCAUCUGCAGGAUAUAGGCAAUCUUUGUCUAUUGACGCCCAAAGCCAUCAAACCUUUUUCUUUACUCCAGCAAAAAACACCGGUCCAAAACAAGACCUGCAUAUAUUCUUCCCUUGUGAACAAUCUUCAAUGGACAUGAGAUAUCUUUGA